CGCGUGGAAGAUGCGGUUCCCUUUCCCGGCGGUGGCUCCUGGGACGAGACUUUCGUCUGGACUGAUUGGGACCGGACUUUUUAAGGACGCGCUUACCCAUCUAAGGGCGAUUUGGGCAUAAACAGCAACACAAACUCUGAUUUGGUGCUGGAAGCUGCCCCUGCCACUGAACAGCUGCUCUCACCCUGCUUCUGUCCCUCCCCCGUCCCAUUUUCGAAAGGGGAUCCUGAGCUAUUUUGCUUCUUUUUUUUUUUUUAAUUGUUGUUGCAUGAAUUUUAUUUUAGGCGGCUGCCUUUUCUGGCUCUCUUGGCUGUUUGGGGGUCUUGUGGACUGCUAGCUGCAGUAGCAGUAACACCGCCUCUCCCUCUACCAUGGCGAGCCCCACGGAUAAUAACGAGGGCUUCUUCUCGGAUGUCAGGAAGGUGGGUUACUUGCGCAAACCCAAGAGCAUGCAUAAACGCUUCUUCGUGCUGAGGGCAGCCAGCGAGUCGGGACCCGCCCGGCUGGAGUAUUACGAGAAUGAGAAGAAAUGGAGACACAAGUCCGGGGCCCCCAAGCGCUCCAUCCCAUUAGAAAGCUGCUUCAACAUCAACAAAAGAGCUGACUCCAAGAACAAGCACCUGGUGGCCCUCUACACCAAGGACGAGCACUUUGCCAUUGCAGCUGACAGCGAGCCAGAGCAGGAGAGCUGGUACCAAGCGCUGCUGCAGCUGCACAACAGGGCCAAGGGCCACCACCACCUCCAUCACCAUCAUCACCACCACCACAGUGACGUCACCUUUGGGGGCAGCAAUGUGGGACUGGGGGAAGCAGGUGAGGACAACUAUGGAGAGGUAGCCCCUGGCCCGGCUUUUAAGGAAGUUUGGCAAGUAAUUCUGAAGCCUAAGGGUCUAGGCCAGACAAAGAACCUGAUUGGCAUCUACCGCCUGUGCCUGACUAACAAGACCAUCAGCUUUGUGAAGCUGAAUUCAGAUGCGGCUGCUGUGGUACUGCAGCUGCUCAAUAUCCGCCGCUGUGGUCACUCUGAGAACUUCUUCUUCAUUGAGGUGGGACGCUCAGCUGUGACUGGGCCCGGCGAGUUCUGGAUGCAGGUGGACGACUCGGUGGUGGCACAGAACAUGCAUGAAACCAUCCUGGAGGCCAUGCGAGCCAUGAGUGAGGAAUUUCGGCCUCGGAGCAAGAGCCAGUCCUCUUCAAACUGUUCCAACCCCAUCUCCGUGCCUCUUCGUAGCAGACACCAUAUCAACAACCCUCCACCCAGCCAAGUGGGGCUCAGUCGCCGGUCCAGGACUGAGAGUGUCACUGCCACCUCUCCUGCUGGUGGUGGUGGAGGAGGAACUGGUGGCAAGCCCAGCUCUUUCCGGGUAAGAGCAUCAAGCGAUGGGGAAGGCACUAUGUCAAGACCUGCCUCUGUGGAUGGCAGUCCAGUUAGUCCCAGUGCCAACCGGACCCAUUCACAUCGACACCGUGGCAACUCCAGGCUCCAUCCUCCGCUCAACCACAGCCGGUCCAUCCCAAUGCCUUCCUCACGCUGCUCUCCUUCGGCCACCAGCCCAGUCAGCCUGUCAUCCAGCAGCACUAGUGGCCAUGGCUCCACCUCGGACUGCCUCUUUCCACGCAGGUCUAGUGCUUCGGUUUCUGGCUCCCCAAGCGAUGGUGGAUUUAUUUCUUCUGAUGAGUAUGGCUCUAGCCCGUGUGACUUUCGCAGCUCUUUUCGUAGUGUGACCCCAGAUUCAUUGGGGCACACGCCACCAGCUCGGGGUGACGAAGAGCUCAACUACAUCUGCAUGGGAGGAAAGGCCACCUCAUCCUGCUGCAGCCUGGCAGCCCCCAAUGGCCACUUCAUCCCACGCAGCUGCCACCCACAGCAGCAGCCCCGCUAUGCUGGUACCCCUUGCUGUCCUCGAGGCGGUGGUGAGGAGGCUGCUGACUUGGAGAAGGCAUUCAGGAAACGGACUCACUCGGCAGGCACUUCGCCCACCAUCUCCCACCAGAAGACACCCUCGCAGUCCUCAGUGGCCUCCAUUGAGGAGUACACGGAGAUGCUGCCUUCCUACCCUUGUGGCAGCCGCCUGUCCUCCUACCGGCACUCAGCCUUUGUGCCCACUCAUUCCUACCCCGAGGAGUGUUUGGAAAUGCACCACCUGGAUAGUGGCCACCAUCGGACCAACUCUGCUCCACACACGGAUGACGGCUACAUGCCAAUGUCUCCAGGCGUUGCCCCCGUGCCCAGCGGUGGCGGACCCCCGAAGGGCGGUGACUAUAUGCCCAUGAGCCCCAAGAGCGUGUCAGCCCCGCAGCAGAUCAUCAACCCCGGCAGGGGGGGCCGCCACCCGCCACCCAUGGUGGACUCCAAUGGCUACAUGAUGAUGUCCCCCAGUGGCAGCUACUCACCUGAUGGUGGCCCAGCAGGCUACGGCAAGAUCUGGACUAAUGGGGCCGGCCACCACCCAAAGCUUUCGGUGGAGAGCAAUGAAGGGAAGCUCCCCUGUGGCGGCAGGGACUUCAACAACAUGUCCCCCG